AUGGCUCCCGAGUUGAUUGAUCCCGACCGCCUCGGUACACGCUAUAUGAGAACCCCGCAAACAGACGUGUUCGCCUUUGCGUUUGUCUGCGUUGAGUUAUACACCGGGAGGCCACCCUUCGCAGAUUAUUCAGAAGGUGCUGCGAUGUUGAAAAUACUGUUCGGAGAAAGAGAACCUCGACCAUCCGGGAAUCCUGCGAUGCCCGUGCUUUUAUGGCAAUACGUUCUCACCUAUUGGGCUCAAGAGGCAGGAAAGAGGCCAAGUGCUGCCGUAGUUGCGGACAACAUGGCUUCUAUCGCUACAUUGACGAUAGCUCGUCAUGAUGAGCUACUCCAAUCGCGAGAGCCAGAGGAAGUGGAGAGUCUUGACGAAGCAGUGUUGGAAGCUGUGGCGGUCAAUGCUUUGUUGUGCAAGAGCAGACACCAGUUAUCGCAGUUAUCACAUGCCCUCCAAUUAAAGUUCCGGGUACAGCUAGUUCCAAAUCGACGUAAAUUCUGA